CAUAUAGCUGCUAGGAAAUAAACAGAGUCACCAAUACAGAACUUUUCAAUAAUCUUAAGAAGAAAAGGUAAUGCCGAUUUCAAAAAUUGCCCUCGGAAAUUUAGCAGAGGCUAGCCAGCCUGAUGCUCUCAAGGCUGCACUAGCUGAGUUCAUUUCAAUGCUCAUCUUUGUUUUUGCCGGUGAAGGCUCUGGCAUGGCCUUCGGUAAGCUAACAAAUGGCGGAGCAGCCACACCUGCUGGAUUGAUUUCGGCUGCUAUAGCCCAUGCCUUUGCCCUUUUUGUGGCAGUUUCAGUAGGAGCAAAUAUUUCUGGAGGUCACGUAAAUCCUGCGGUCACAUUUGGUGCUUUCGUGGGGGGUCACAUUACUCUUUUCAGGAGUGUUUUGUAUUGGAUUGCCCAAUUGCUUGGAUCUGUCGUCGCUUGCGUGCUCCUCAAGUUUGCUACUGGUGGAUUGGAAACAUCGGCAUUCGCGCUCUCAACAGGAGUUACCCCAUGGAACGCAGUUGUUUUUGAGAUAGUGAUGACCUUUGGACUUGUUUACACCGUCUACGCAACUGCAGUUGAUCCUAAGAGGGGCAAUUUGGGAAUUAUUGCCCCAAUUGCAAUUGGUUUCAUUGUAGGUGCGAACAUUUUGGCUGGUGGUGCCUUUGAUGGUGCAUCAAUGAACCCUGCUGUGUCUUUUGGUCCAGCAGUGGUCAGUUGGACAUGGAACAGUCACUGGGUGUACUGGCUCGGACCAUUUGUUGGUGCUGCCAUUGCUGCUUUGGUUUAUGAAAUUAUCUUCAUUGGUGACAACACUCACGAGCAGCUCCCCACCGCUGAUUAUUAAUGAACAAGUUCCUCCUUUCUUUCUCUAAAACCAAAUGUUGGAUAUAAUUAAUUUAAGCUAAGGUUUCAAGGUUGUGGUUUAUUUUGCUGUUCGCUCUUUGUUUUUCUUUUCAGUACAUGGUAAAAGUUGUGGGUUUUCUUAAUUGUAAAAUCGUGAAAAAUCAAGAGAUCCAAGUGUCAUGUUUAAUGUGCUUGAGUUGACUUCUCUUUGA